CCUUGUGCAGUGUGUUCAUACACUGACCCUGGGAAUCUGGUCACUUUUGUUGCUGGCAUACUAUACCAUGGGGACCCUCAUACUCUACAUUUUCUCAAUCUGCCUCUUCCAUGCCACCUUGGGAAGUCCCGUAAACUGCAGCACAGAGAUAAGAGGGAUACGGCCAGAUGUCAAAAGGCUAAAUGGUCUGUGGAACCUGAAGGCAGUCAUGGGUAUGUUCGACCCACCUAAACGAACGUGUUCCUACUCAAACAUAAGAGUAUCCGAGAACAAAGCUAGUUUAUGGGGAUUCUUCAGUCCCAUGGCAAGGUUUGAUGGUGGAAUUGUUGGAUCAACAAGAAUUCACUCUAAAGAAGGAAGCCUGGCCUACAGCUAUGAACUCAUCAAAGGAAUUACUGGUAUUAUGACAUUUACCCAGACUCAGCCAGACAGUAUGAUCCUACAACUGAGAAAAAAUAACAGGGUGGAAGUAUCUGCUUUAUUUACAAAAGGGACUUUUCUUUCCGAAGCUGAGCUGGAAGAAUUUAAACAGUGGGGGGAGUGCAAUGGACUUCAGGGCUACAGAGAGCUCAACAUCAGUAUCAACUAUGCACAGAAAUGUUUUGGUAGGUUUCACAUGUCUAAGCAGUUGGAUGAGAUAAAGGACAAUGUUACUUCCUGGAAUCUUAUAGCUAAAUCUUCAAGCAACUUUGAUCGAAAUUAUGAGCUCAGAAUCCUCUAUAGAGCGAGGCUGGAGAUCUCAAAAAAGGGAGAAGAAUAUACAUUGCGGGAGAUCAUUACAGCGCCAACUGACAACACCCUACUGGAGCUGCCGUUUACCAACAGAGAAGGCCCAGAUGGAUAUAAGGUCCAAGCCUUCCAGACUGGGGAAGAUUUGCUGUUGCUCGGAGUCCUGACAGAAGUGGGAAACACCUUGUACUUAGCAUCAAGGAACACUACAGCAAAGCAGUCCGCCAUUAAUAGAUUUAAGACACAGGCUUUGUGCUUUGAAUCAAAAUAUCUUUACUUUAUACCGGGAGGCAUUGGUGAAGAUGAUGACGCUGAGAGCUGUGCUGAUAAGCUGGAGCAAAUGGUCCCCAUUAACUUCCGAGAGUCUGUAGGUAAAUGGAUAUUGACAGUUUCAGCGUAUGAGAAGGUAGAAACGGCUCUGUCUUAUAGCACAGCUCUCCAUGGCUUUACUGAAAUUAGUAUUGCCAAUAAUAAAGUGCACCUGUCUCACACCUCCAUCCACCCUGGAAUCCUCUACUUACUGGAGAAGAGUGACAUUGAGGUGGAUGAGAGUUCAGGACAUAUUUUAUACAAAGAUACUGCUGAAGGCAUCAGGUCCCUCAUCUACAGAGUGAGCCCCAACUGUAUCAUGUUCGUACCUGAUCUUCUCCCGGGCAAGCUGUACCUGAAUUGUCACCCAACCCAUAACUCAUUAUCAGAAGACAUCAAAAAAUUUGUAGAGUACGCAAACUGUCGCAAAUAUAACACUAUAGUAAUAAAGUUGCAUUCGUCUUUUUGCUCAGAUUUGCCUGAUGAAGUUACAGUUCUAGACGUGGACAAGAUCGCAGGGAGCUGGAAGCUGGCUGCCGUUGCCUCUAAUGUGCCCAAAUGGAAUGUGAACUUUCCAUCUGAAAUACAGUUUGUCAUCAAUGAUGGGGAGGUGGUCAUCACAGAUGGUAGCUGGAAGAGUAAGGCGGUGAAGAUACAGGAGAGACGGCUACAAUAUGCAAAAGGAGAUGAGAUCACGAUGGAGAUGAGAUUUUAUGAUCUUGUGGAAGAUUCCCUGCUGACCUGGGUUGGAAAUGCACAACAAGACAAAAUGUUUCUUGUCCUAUUUACUAAAUCUGGCCUUGUGAAACCUGAGGACGUUGAAAAGUUCAAACACUUUGCAGCCUGUCUGUCCAUCCCUGUAGCCUUCAUAAAGGAGUAGAGGACUCUACUGAAGUA